UUUCUGUGGCUGUGGGUUUAUUAAACUACUCGCUCUGUUAUAGGUUGGUCGAGUUGUUCUGAAGCCACCGCCGCCCGGAUUCGAGGAGGAUCGGACUGGGAGAGAGAGGGUUGGGAGUUCUGGAAGCUGCCGGGUUUUGCGACUACACUUCCCGGGGCUUGCUUGGAUAUCGUCGAUAUAUUUUUGUUUUUUGAGGGGGGGGGGGGGGUAGGCGGAACUCUUUACACCUAGAGGGUGAAGUGGCGGGAUACUGCCGUGUGUGUCUGUCUGUCUUCAAAACACACACACACGCACCAACACUGGAUGGGGGAGUGAUUCCACGGAGCUGAAAUGAACAUCACGCACAACUUGGUAUUUCAAAGUGACUGGAAGAAAGCCGGGCUCCGUCUGCUCUGCUAGCACCGACUUCAUUCACCCCGGGAAGGACUGGGAUAAAAAGGAAAAUCAAGGAAUCCUUGUAUUUUUGAAGCGCUGCUGAAAACAUUUACUGUUCUAAGUUUGCCCACAUAUAUUCCUGGAGUGAGCUACCGCAAGGAGCGAAGACAGAAGAGAGAGAGAGAGAGAGAACGGAGUGUGUGUGUGUUCGCUUGUUCGUCUCUCGCUCUCUCUCAAGACAAGACUCGCCGCGGCCGGGAGAGGAGGGUUCCCUCCAUCCAGCAAGUCCCGCUAUGCUUCGGCCCCGGUUGCCCCCCGGGCUGGCGGCUCUCAGCCUGGUUUUAUCCCUCGGCCUCUGUCACGCAGGGACAGACUAUGGAGAUAUGCUGCCCGAGUCCUUUCCAUCAUCAGCUGCCGAGCCUCUGCCGCGGUUCCUGGUCGAGCCAAGCGAUGCCUACAUCGUAAAGAACAAACCGGUGGUGAUGGCAUGUACGGCCACCCCAGCCACACAGAUCUACUUCAAGUGCAACGGCGACUGGGUGCAUCAGAAGGACCAUGUCACUGAGGAGAACGUGGAUGAAGUCACAGGGCUGGUCGUUCGGGAGGUUCACAUUGAGGUGUCCCGGCAACAGGUGGAGGAGCUGUUCGGUCUGGAAGACUUCUGGUGCCAGUGCGUUGCCUGGAGCGCCUCGGGUACGACCAAGAGCAGAAGAGCUUACGUCCGUAUUGCCUACCUGAGGAAGAACUUCGAUCAAGAGCCAUUGGGAACGGACGUGACGCUAGAACACGAGGUCCUCCUGCAGUGUCGUCCACCAGAGGGCAUCCCACCAGCAGAGGUGGAAUGGCUGAAGAAUGAUGACAUUAUCAAUCCGAUCCAAGACACCAACUUCCUCAUCACCAUUGACCACAACCUGAUCAUCAAACAAGCCCGCCUGUCCGACACAGCCAACUAUACCUGUGUGGCCAAGAACAUUGUUGCCAAGCGACGCAGUACCACUGCUACAGUGGUUGUAUAUGUGAACGGAGGCUGGUCGACCUGGACAGAGUGGUCAUCGUGUAACAAUCGCUGUGGGCGAGGCUGGCAGAAGCGGACCAGGUCCUGCACCAACCCAGCGCCUCUCAACGGCGGGACCUUCUGCGAUGGGCAGACCUUUCAAAAGAUCGGAUGCACCACCAUGUGCCCAGUUGAUGGGGGUUGGACGGGUUGGAGCAAGUGGUCCGCCUGCAAUACCGAUUGCACGCACUGGAGGAGCCGCGAGUGCACGGACCCGUCACCCAAAAACGGGGGCAAGGACUGCAUCGGGCUGGUCCUGGAGUCUAAAAACUGCACAGAUGGGCGCUGCUUGCGGAAUAAAAAGCUAUUAAAUGAACCCAGAAACUCUACCGCGGACUCGGCCGGCGACGUGGCUCUGUACGCGGGUCUGAUUGUUGCCGUCUUCAUCUUCGUGGUCAUCAUGCUGGUGCUCGGCAUCAUCGUGUACAAGCGGAGCUGCCGAGACUUCGACACCGACAUCACCGACUCCUCGGCUGCUCUCACCGGGGGCUUCCAGCCCGUCAACUUCAAGACGGCCCGGCAGGACAAUUCCCAGCUGCUGGGCUCAUCGAUCCAACCCGACCUGACAGCCAACGCUGGCUCAUACCGAGGGCCGAUGUACACUCUGCAGGACACGGCUGACAAGAUACCCAUGACCAACUCGCCGCUCCUGGACGCCCUGCCCAGCUUGAAGAUCAAGGUGUACAAUUCUUCCCUGGCCUCCUCCAUGCUGGUGGGUGGGAUGGAGCCAGCAGGGGGCGCAGCGCCGGGGAUAUAUCUAGGGAGCAACAGCAGGGACAACAAUGUGGUCAUGAACAUGAGGAACAAGGUUCUCAGCUCACAGCAUGUUGGCACCAUGCCCCGAGAUCCAGGGUACGGUGCCAGUGGGACCUUCGGCUGCCUGGGUGGACGACUAACGGUGCCUAAUUCAGGAGUCUGCCUUCUGGUGCCUCAAGGUGCAAUUCCGCAGGGCAAGUUUUACGAGAUGUACCUCAUCAUCAACAAGAGAGAAAAUACACUACCGCCGUCGGAAGGCUCCCAGACGGUGCUGAGCCCCAUGGUGACCUGCGGACCCACGGGGAUGCUGUUGUGUCGGCCCGUUGUACUCAGCAUCCCCCACUGUGCUGACGUCUGUGGACCAGACUGGACCAUUAAGCUCAAGACACAAACUCACCAGGCUGCCUGGGAGGAGGUGGUGACGUUGGAGGAGGAGAAUUUAAACACACCAUGCUACUGUCAGCUGGACUCCCAAUCCUGCCAUGUCCUCCUGGACCAACUUGGAACCUAUGCACUCGUUGGGGAAUCCAACUCCCGCGCGGCCAUUAAAAGACUCCAGCUGGCCAUCUUUGCACCCACGUCAUGUACAUCCCUCGAGUACUGCCUUAAAGUAUACUGUGUGGAGGAUACUCCGGAUGCUCUCAAGGAGGUGCUGGAACUGGAGAGGACGUUGGGCAGCUAUUUACUGGAGGAACCCAAGAGUCUGCUGUUCAAAGAUAGUUACCACAACCUCCGGCUUUCCAUCCAUGACAUUCCCCACUCCCUCUGGAGAAGCAAACUACUUGCCAAGUACCAGGAGAUUCCAUUUUACCACAUCUGGAGUGGAACUCAGAGAGCGUUGCAUUGCACCUUCUCCCUGGAGAGGUACAGCGUGGCAUCCACUGAAUUCUCAUGCAAAAUCUGUGUCCGACAAGUGGAAGGAGAAGGACAAAUAUUCCAGUUGCACAUUGUCAUCGAAGAGAAUGCCAAAUGUGUCAGCCCACUCCACACACAUGUCAGUGCCAAUGUGACCACCCAGGUAGGCCCUUACGCCUUUAAGAUUCCAUACUCCAUCAGGCAGAAGAUCUGCACAAACCUGGACGCACCAAAUACUCGGGGCAAUGACUGGAGGUUGCUGGCUCAGAAGCUUGGAGUGGACAGAUUUCUCACCUACUUUGCGACCAAACCUAGCCCGACCGGGGUCAUCUUGGACUUGUGGGAAGCGCAGCACCAAGACGAUGGGGACAUCAAUUCCCUUGCCAGUGCCCUGGAGGAGAUGGGCAAGAGUGACGUGAUGGUAGUCAUUACAACAGAAGAAUGCUGAAACACGAAUAACCUUGGCAACUGAGUGAUGAAACCCGAGCAUCUAUGGCAACAUGUUAUAGAAAUCAGUUUGCUGCUCAACUGAGCAUCCGGCAAAUUAGGAAAGUAGUAUUUUUACAGAAGAGAGUGGUAUUGUCACGUUCAAUCUAGAUGAAGCCUCUCUCUGAUCCAAAGCUUUGGGCAGUUUGUAAAAGGUUAACAGUUUCUUAGGAAACGCAUUUAAUUUAUUAUCCAUAUCUUUGGAUGCUUUUUCGUUCGCUCCUAUAUUGAAACUUUGUGAGAACCCAAGGAGUUGUUUACAUACAUGGCAGUUGUAGACGUCACUCAAAUGCUGUUGAAGAGAAACCCAGCUGGACUAUCACAGGAAGAGAAUGAGUCAGAUGCAGGCAGUAAGUAGUAAGAUCACGCAGGGCCAUCUCAUCUGCGCUCAAUUCAUUGCUCAAAGCUUUUCUCCCUCUCUCCCUCUCCCUCUCCCUCUCCCUCUAUCUCUCUCUAACUCUCUAACUCUCUCUCUCCCUCUCCCUCUCCCCUUCUCUCUCCCUCUCUAUCUCCCCCCCUCCU